AAGACAUCACUAUGUGUUCUCUCUCCUUCCCCUUUUAAAAUCCCCCUCUUCCCCCUUGCUCCUCGUAACAUUUUCUCCUGAGCUUCUGUUUUAAGAGCCAUGGUCAUGGGAGCCUUUGGCCAUUUCAAACCAAUCUCAAAAUGCAGCACAGAAGAAAGAUCAAACCAAACCGUGGCCUCAGACUUUGAUGGCACCCUUCUCGUGUCUCCAAGCGCCUUCCCUUACUACAUGCUUGUUGCUAUUGAAGCUGGUAGCUAUCUAAGAGGACUCCUCCUCUUAGCAUCUGUCCCUUUUGUGUACUUCACCUGCCUUUUCAUCUCUGAAACCGCGGCCGUCAAAACCUUGAUCUUCAUCACAUUCGCCGGUUUGAAGAUCAAGGAUGUUGAGAUGGUGACAGCAUCGGUGCUGCCAAAGUUCUACGCGGAGGACGUGCAUCCGGAGACAUGGAGAGUGUUCAACUCUUUCGGCAAGCGUUGCAUUGUCACCACUAGCCCGAGGUUGAUGGUGGAGCCUUUUGCUAAGUCCUUCUUGGGGGCUGAUAAGGUGCUUGGGACAGAACUUGAUGCAACAAAAUCAGGGAGAGCAACUGGGUUUGCUAAGGAACCUGGAUUGCUAGUUGGGGAGCACAAGAAAGAAGCUCUUGUCAAAGAAUUUCAGUCUAACUUACCUGAUUUGGGACUAGGGGACAGUGAAACUGAUCAUGACUUCAUGUCAAUUUGCAAGGAAGCAUAUAUUGUACCAAGGAUUAAAUGUGAGGCACUACCAAGAAACAAGCUUCUAAGCCAAGUUAUUUUUCAUGAGGGUAGGUUUGCUCAAAGGCCAACUCCUCUAGCUGCACUUUUGACCUUCCUAUGGCUGCCAAUUAGUAUCAUGCUCUCUAUUUUAAGGGUCUACCUUAACAUCCCUUUGCCAGAAAAGAUUGCAUGGUACAACUACAAGCUCUUGGGAAUCAGAGUCACUGUGAAGGGUACCCCUCCACCACCCCCAAAGAAAGGUCAAAAGGGGGUUCUUUUUGUUUGUAACCAUAGGACAGUUUUAGACCCAGUUGUUACAGCAGUUGCACUAGGAAGAAAAAUUAGCUGUGUCACAUAUAGUAUCAGCAAAUUCAGUGAAAUAAUUUCACCAAUCAAAGCUGUGGCAUUGUCAAGGGACAGAGAGAAAGAUGCAGCCAACAUUAGGAGGUUGCUUGAAGAAGGGGACUUGGUGAUUUGCCCUGAAGGCACAACUUGCAGAGAGCCAUUCCUCUUGAGGUUCAGCGCGCUUUUCGCUGAGCUAACCGAUAGGAUUGUCCCGGUCGCGAUUAACACGAAACAAAGCGUGUUUUACGGAACAACGGCUCGCGGCCAUAAAUUGCUGGACCCUUAUUUUGUGUUUAUGAAUCCCAUGCCAACAUAUGAGAUCACUUUCUUGAACCAGCUUCCGAAAGAGCUCACUUGCACUGGAGGGAAAUCGGCCAUUGAAGUUGCGAAUUACAUUCAAAAGGUUAUUGCAGGAGCUCUGGGAUUUGAGUGCACCAACUUAACAAGGAAGGACAAGUAUGCCAUGCUUGCAGGAACUGAUGGGAGUGUUCCAUCUAAGAAGGAAAAAGCUUGAAGCAGAGAGGCUAAGUAGUUUCACCUUUUAAUUGAUUAAGUGGAAUGUGUUUCCAAAAUGCUUGGAAAUUGGAAUUACUUAUGAUAGGAAUAAAAAACUGAUUGUGUGUUGAAGAUCAAACAUAAAAAGUUCAUGAUAUAUACUUUGUUAUUCAGAUA